UUAACUUUGUAGAGUAUGGGAUGCUAAAUCCCCCGGCCCAAUGUCAGGAAAAGAUUUACUAAGUGCCGCCACAGUCGGAAAGUGCUAGAAGAAUUUGAAACAUGAGUAAAGAGAGAGAUGCAGUGAGUGCCUGUUCUUGCCACAAGUGAGUGCAGUGAUAGUAGCAGAAGAGAACAAAGAAGACAAUGGCUUCUCUGUGUGGCCGAGCAACAGUAACAGCAAUACGUCGCACUUUAAUUUUCACCUCCAACUCUAACAUUAAACCUAAUACCUUCUCAAGCACCUCCCUCCCACAAGCUUUUUCCUCACUACUCUUACCCCAUCAAUCCCCACCCAUUUCCGUUUCAAACACCCUCACCGUUCAUCGCCAUUUCUGUUCCACCAAAACCCCCGUCGACACCAAGCUCAACUUCUCCCUCUCCGACUCAGACUCCGAAUCCGACGAACAAAACAACAAUACCCACAAAGAAACCGGCAAAACCAAUAGGGUAGUCCCACCCCCUUACGACCCCUUCAGCAAGAAGCCCGCAAUAGAAGACCCCAAGGACCCAAAGGACUUGCAACAGAUUUUCCAUGACAUGAGGAGCGGCGAUGGGUUGUUCAACCACGCAGUGAAGAUGUUCGACGCAUUGUCCAAAGAGGGUCUGACCCACGAGGCGCUGGAGCUCUUCGGCCAGAUCAAGGACAAGGGUCAGAUGCCCGACGUCGUGGCCCACACCGCCAUCCUCGAGGCCUACGCUAACGCUGCACAGCCAAAAGAGGCUCAUAAGGUUUACAUGCGCAUGCUCGCUUCUGGGGUGUCGCCCAACGCUUACACCUAUGCGGUUCUCAUUACGGCUCUUGCUGCUGAUGCCAAGUUUGUGAAGGACGCUAGUAAGUACCUUUUGGAAAUGAUGGAUAAAGGGAUGAAACCCAAUGCAAAAACUUAUACCUCUGUGUUUGAGGGGCUGCUGAAGGAAGAGAGAAUAGACGAAGCUACACGCUUGCUGGAGCAAAUGAAAGCUAAGGGGUUUGUCCCCGACGAGAAGGCUGUGAGAGAGGUUGUAAGCAAUAGAAGAGGCCCAGUUUUUAGAAAUCUCAUAAACGUUCUUUUUGGCAAAUAAACUUUGUUUGAACAUGUUCGAGUGUGAAAAUGAAGUAUGUUUUUCUGUCUUUGCUUUA